AUGAAAUCUCUGAAACAAUACUUUGAACGACAAUGGAAAGUAAAAUAUGGUUCUUCAAAUCAAUGGUUUAUUUUAUUUUUAAAAGAAUAUAAUGAUGCCGUCAAUUAUGAUUCUGUUCUGAAUCGUACAGCUGAAUAUGGAAAUAAAUACUUGAAAGAUUGCCCAAUCUUAUCAAUUGUUUUGCAACUUCUAUUUGAAGGUAUUGAUGAUAAAUGUUGUAAUGAAACAAAUGUAUUCAAUGAUCUAUGGUGUACAAUAACCAAUAAUGGUUUAAAAUCUAUAGAAAAGUUUUCUGAUAAUAAAAAGCGAUCGGUGUUAUUUCAAGCGUUACGCGAAUAUUAUCGUCCAAAAUUAUUUGAAUUAUUAGAAAAAAGUCAAGUCAGAGACAGAGACAAUUUGUAUGAAUUAGCAUUAGAUAAUGUUGCUGAAUAUGGUUGGUUACAAGGUUUACAAGCAGUUCAAAAUAAAAUAAUACCGAUAUAUUUUAAAAUAUUACUGGCGAAUAUUCCUCUGUCUGACAAUACAUCCGGAAAGCAAGGUAAACUUGAUUUGAUUGAAUGUCUUGUUUGUUGA